AUGACUCUUCAGUUAGCUGACAAAUCCAUUGGGCAUAAUAGGAGCAUUAUUGAGGAUGUUCUUUUGAAAGUAUAUAAAUUCAUCUUCCCAGUUGAUUUUAUGAUUUUAGACGUCGAUAAGGAUGUUAAUGUGCCACUCAUCUUAGGUCAGCCAUUUCUAGACAUCUCACAAGCCCUUAUUGAUGUGAGCAAUGGUAGAAUAACACUUUGGGUUGGGGAUGAGGAAGUAUUUUUUGCUUUAUCUGAUGCUAUGAAACAUACUUUUGCUUAUGAUGAUACUUGUUACUUCAUGGAUAUGACUAACCCUAUUGUUGAUGAUCUUAUGCAGGAGAUAGAGCACGAGAAGGUUUUCAAGGAGUCAUUGGAUGGCCCUCAAGAUAAAGAAAUACUUCCCUUGCUUAAAACAAAUAAAGUGGAUGAGCAAACGCGGAAGAAGCAUUGGAAGAUGGUCACAUAA